ACCUAACCAAGGAAAAACGACAUGGCAGCAAUCGCCUUAUCACCCGUUAUAAGGCUGCGUUGGCGAGUCAUAUAUAUACCUGACUGCAACCGAGGUCGCAACAUCAACGAACAGAGCAAGCAAAUAGCAAAGGACAGAAAGAGAGAGAUGAACGCCUGGGUUCGUUUUCUACUUCUCCUAGUAUGCCUCUUUCCGGUCGUGGUGGAAUGCACUGUUCGGCAUUACACAUUUAAUGUGGUGAUGAGAAAUACCACUAGACUAUGUUCAACCAAGCCCAUUGUGACGGUCAACGGCAAGUUCCCGGGUCCCACUUUGCAUGCUAGGGAAGGCGAUAAUGUGCUGGUCAAAGUAGUCAACCAAGUCAAACACAAUGUUUCUAUUCAUUGGCAUGGAAUCCGGCAACUUCGGACUGGAUGGGCAGACGGGCCGGCGUACAUUACGCAAUGCCCGAUUCAGCCAGGGCAAAGCUACUUGUACAACUUCACCAUUACAGGGCAACGGGGGACUCUGCUCUGGCACGCACAUAUUCUCUGGCUAAGAUCCACCGUCCAUGGCGCCCUCGUUAUCCUGCCCAAGCACGGCGUGCCGUAUCCAUUCCCGAAACCCAACAGGGAAGUGGUUGUCGUUUUAGGUGAAUGGUGGAAAUCGGACACCGAAGCCGUGAUAAACGAAGCUCUCAACUCCGGGUUGGCCCCGAAUGUGUCCGAUGCCCACACAAUCAACGGUCACCCUGGACCCGUCUCCAACUGUUCUUCUCAAGGUGGCUUCAACUUACCGGUUCAAAGCGGUAAGACCUACUUGUUACGGGUAAUUAAUGCUGCACUUAAUGAAGAACUCUUCUUCAAGAUCGCCGGACACAAGCUAACCGUCGUUGAAGUCGACGCCACAUAUGUGAAACCCUUCAAAACGGACACAAUUCUUGUUGCCCCAGGGCAAACCACCAAUGUCCUUGUCACCGCAGAUCAAAACUCCGGUAAGUACUUGGUCGCUGCCUCCCCUUUCAUGGAUUCUCCAAUUGCAGUUGACAAUUUGACAGCGACCGCAACUUUGCACUAUUCCGGCACGCUCGCUAUUGCUCCGACAACUCUCACCAUCCCACCUCCCAAAAACGCCACCCCUGUUGCUAACAAUUUCUUAAACUCCCUCCGUAGCCUCAACUCCAAAAAGUACCCUGCCAUCGUCCCACAAACCGUCGAUCACAACCUUCUUUUCACGGUCGGUUUAGGGGUUAACCCCUGUCCGACUUGCAAAGCAGGGAACGGCAGCCGGGUGGUAGCUUCAGUCAACAAUGUCACCUUUGUCAUGCCUACCACGGCCCUGCUUCAAGCACAUUACUUCAAAAUCGGUGGCGUUUUCACUACCGAUUUUCCGGGGCAACCGCCUCAUGUGUUUAACUACACAGGAGCUCCGCCGUCAAGUUUGCAGACCACCAAUGGGACUAAGGUUUACAAGCUGGCGUACAACUCCACUGUCCAGCUAGUUUUACAAGACACCGGAAUCAUAUCACAGGAAAAUCACCCCCUCCAUCUCCAUGGAUUCAAUUUCUUUGCUGUUGGCAGGGGAUUGGGAAAUUACAGUCCGCAGAAAGAUCCUAAGAAUUUUAAUCUGGUUGACCCGGUGGAGAGGAACACAAUUGGGGUGCCAUCUGGUGGGUGGGUGGCUAUCAGAUUCCGAGCAGAUAACCCAGGGGUUUGGUUCAUGCACUGUCAUUUGGAAGUGCACACAACAUGGGGACUUAAGAUGGCAUUCUUGGUGGAUAAUGGUAAAGGUCCGAAUGAGUCAAUUCUACCGCCUCCGAGUGAUCUUCCGAAAUGUUGAACAGAUAUAGAGAAGAGGGAUUUUCCCAUCCAAGAGGUUAAUGCUUAGGGGAUCAGAUUUGGAUUUGUUUCUUGAGCAGAUGAAAGAAUUUGCUCAAGUAUAUUCAAUAAUUGUAUACGAGCAUUUUGUUUGUUUUUCUUUGCAAUAGAUAAAAAAUUUGUUA